AUGGGCAAAUUGACGAGCACGAUCGGCAUUCCGAUCAAAUUGUUGAACGAAGCACAGGGCCAUGUCGUUACGCUAGAGAUUACGUCGGGUCAGGUGUACCGAGGAAAACUGCUCGAAGCCGAGGAUAAUAUGAACGUCCAACUCAAAGAUAUCACAGUCACCGCGCGCGACGGCCGCGUGUCGCAUUUGGAUCAGGUUUACAUUCGUGGUAGCCACGUGCGAUUCUUUAUUGUGCCGGAUAUGCUGAGGAAUGCUCCCAUGUUCCGUUCCCGUGGCCAGCGUGGUCGCGGUGUUGGUUUGGCGCGUGGUAAAGCUACUGUCAACAGGGCUCGUGGACAGCGACGGGGUUAG